AUGGCGUCGAGUUCGGACGAAGGCGAGAUUAUGGAGAAUGACGCUGUGGAAUUGAAGGCAACUUCACUGCCGAAGAAGUUUGAAGGAAACGGUGUUGACCGUCAAGACAGAACCCGAGAUAGAUACUCGGCCUCCAAAUCCCCCGAGCACGACAAUGCCGCUAGGCACUACAACCUUCCGAGGCGGAGCCGCUCGCCCCCUCCCCGCGGCUUCAAGCGCGCCCGCGACGAGCGCGACUACGUUGGCGGAGGACGGCAGGACACGCGACGCUUCCGUGUGCACUACGAGGAUGGCCAGCGAGACGACUAUCGCCGCUCGCGCGUUUCUUACGAAGACCUGGACCGCCCGCCCUCCCGGGGAUCGAACCACAGCUACGACAGCCGUGACCGAAACCGGAGCCGCGACAGAGAUACAUACCGCGAGAGAGACCGGGAGCGCGAUCGUGAUAGAGACCGUUAUCCGGACAAGAGACCGCGCAACCGCACUAGGUCACCCUACCGUCCCCCGCGCAACGACCGAGGAGGCCGCGACGAUCACUACAGUAGAGAUAGUGGGCGCGAUCGCCUCACCGACUCGUUUCGUGGCCUGAAGUACGACGAGCACAGAGAUCGAGAUUCACGGAAUGGAAAUACGGCGUUGAACGGGGCCGCUGUAGGGAAGGACUCUCGUGCUUCCAGAGACGAUGCUAAACCAGUGAAAGACUCUGCAGACGACAGGAACUCUGCUGUGUCUCGCUCUCGAGACCAGACGUCCGUCUCUCCGCACUCUAAGAGGGCUCGGUUCCUGCUAACGCCGGAAGGCAGUGCGCCGCAGGUGGUCGAGCCCGAACACGGCUACGAUGAGCCUGAGGAGCCAACGGUCAUUGACGAGGAGGCUGAGAUUGAACGCCGGCGACGACGUCGUGAUGAGCUGCUUUCAAAGUCCAGUUCUGCGACUCCGCUGCUCGUUCAUGCACUGCACGCGACCGACAAGCCGGCCGGCUUCUCCCCAGCACGAGAGGGCACACCAGGCACACCGGGUCCCGGUGACAUAGGAACUCCGGGCACAGGUAUGAAACCCGGCUCCUCCUUUUAUGGCUCCGCUAAUCCUUCAGAUUUCGGAUCACCCGCUCGAGAAGGGAGCUCACCUGGUGCUAUUGAUAUUCUAAACGAGAGCGACCUCAUGAACACCCACGGAGGCGGCGAGGUCACGGAAGAAGACGGACCCUCAGCAGCGGAUUACGACCCCACCGUUGACAUGAAGGAAGAUGAGAGACGUGACGAAAUGCGGCACGGUAACGUUGGUGUGCAUGGUGAAGUCCCCAAUGCGCAGAUUGAGGCACCACCCCAAGAACAGACCCAGGAAGCACCGGCGAAGAAGCCCUCAGGCGACGAUGACGAUGAUUUCGACAUGUUUGCCGAAGACUUCGACGACGAGAAGUACGCUGCUCCCAACCCUGCCAAGGUGGCUGUGGUAGAUGAAAGCAAAGCUUCACCAGCUCUCGCCCCGCCCAAUGGCGCCAUUCUCGAGGGCGACGAUAAGGAUGGUUACUACAAGAUUCGCAUCGGUGAGAUUAUGAACGGUCGAUACCAGGUCCAGUCCACCCUGGGUAAGGGCAUGUUCUCCGGCGUCGCGCGGGCCGUCGACAUUACGAAUAAGAAGCUGGUCGCUAUCAAAAUUAUGAGAAACAACGACGCACUGAGGAAGGGAGGUUUCACCGAAAUCGCCAUUCUGCAGAAGCUCAACGACGCCGACCCGGACAACCGCAAGCACAUCGUUAAGUUUGAGCGACACUUUGACCACAAGGGCCACCUGUGUAUGGCAUUUGAGCACCUCAGCCUGAACCUGCGAGAAGUAUUGAAGAAAUUUGGAAACAACGUUGGCAUCAACCUGGGCGCCACGAGGGCGUAUGCUCACCAAAUCUUCAUUGGUCUUGCUCACAUGCGGAAAUGCAGUGUCAUUCAUGCCGAUCUCAAACCUGACAACAUUUUGGUCAAUGAAAGCCGAAAUGUCCUAAAGAUCUGCGAUUUGGGAACCGGUAUCGACAAGUCCGACGCAGCGACGGCACAUAACGAGAUCACCCCGUACCUCGUCAGUCGCUUCUACAGAGCACCGGAGGUCAUCCUCGGAAUGCCCUACGACUACUCUAUUGACAUGUGGUCCAUCGGCUGCACGUUGUACGAGCUGUAUACGGGCAAGAUCCUCUUCGCUGGCGACAGCAACAACCAGAUGCUAAAAGCCAUCAUGGAGAUCCGCGGAAAGAUCACGCCCAAGCUCUACAAGAGAGGCCAACUAUCGGCGAUGCACUUUGACGAAAUGGGCAAUUUUGUCAGCAUGGAGCGGGACAAGGCGCUUGGAAAGACAACCGCCAGGGUCCUGCCCGUCGUCAAACCAACCCGUGAUCUGCGCACCCGCCUCUUCGCUGCGUCAGCGGGUAUGAAUGACGCCGAGACCAGGGACCUGAACCAUUUUGUCGACUUGCUCGAGCACUGCCUGACGCUCAACCCGGAGAAGAGGAUCAAGCCUGCCGACGCGCUGAAGCAUCCCUUCUUCACGUCGAGGGUCGCCCCGCCGAAGCGGUAG